UUCAGAUUUAACCGUCUUUCUGCUUCUAUUGCUCUUUUGAAGCGAUCUUGGAUCUUUAUUCUCCGUCAACAAUAAGCUGCAUCGGAACGGCCGACAGCAACAACACCACAACAUCCCCACGAGAAAGUCUGAAGUGCACUAACUAACUAAACUACCAACCAUGAGCGACGAGUCUGCUGCACCUGCUCCCACUCUGUACCAUGUGCCUCGUACGAUCUCGUCUCCGAUCUACCAAGCUCUGCUGGAACUGGAUCUAGUGAACAAUCCGAUCCGCGUGGAGACGUUGAGUUUUCCCGAUUUGAAGACUCCCGAACAUUUGGCGCGCAAUCCGAUGGGUACGUCUCCCACCUUUGUGGAUGCCAAAGAAGGUAUUGAUAUUUGGGAAUCGGGAGCCGUCAUGAUGUAUCUGCUGGAAGCGUACGACACCAAGUGUGUCUUGCAUCCCGACACCAAAAUUGCGCCAAAGCGGGACCACGCCAAUUAUUGUCAUUUGUGUCAGUACGUGACAGCCACGGUCUACCCCUUCUUGUCGUCUCUGUUUUUGCACACGUUGGAACCAGCCGAUCAGCAAGAUCCAGUCUAUCUUCAAACGGGACGGGACACCUUCAAAACCAAGCUGGGACCCACGUUGGCCAAAUUCUUGGGGGACAAACCCUUUUUCAUGGGGGACAAACUUUCCGCUGUAGACUUGCUGGUCGCCAAGCCACUCAACAAUGCCCAUUCGCUCAAUCUACUCAAGGACGAUUUUCCAACACUACAACAUCUUUUUUGCAAAAUCAAAUCCAGACCAUCCUUUGCCAUUGCCUACAAUCUCCCGUUGCCGCCUGCCGACGAUGAUGCUACCACUCACGAUGAAGAGUGUUGUCGUCGCUCCAUGGUGCUCUUGCCAUCGGAAUUCUACGAUGGAAUCAUUACCACCAGAGCCUCAUUGUUGAGUUUGCCCCCGGCAGAGUAAUUUCACGUCUAUUACAGUGGAGGCGGGUGGAGGGACGGAACCAAUCCUCAAAAGAACAUGAAAACUACCAAGUCGGAAUUGUCCCCCAAAGACAAAAAAUGUGUUCGAUCAGUGGCGUUCGUUGUACCGGUAGUUCUAAGUGUUGUUCCAAGGAGAAUAGCAAUUUAUGCAUGAGCAAUCGUUGACAAGGACGAAUUCGAUUCGAUUCGAUUCGAUUCGCUUUACGUUUCUCUCCGUCACGGUGAUGGCUGCGUCCUAGCUACCGAGCUAGCUCUGCCUGGAUGGACGAGCGGCUCCUUUCUCCCC